GCUUCGUCACUCAUUUGUUCACCAUGCGGCUCCUUAUCUUCGCAGGUCUUUUAGCAAUUUCCCUCGGCGAGAAGACGGUUUCUCCCGCCGCUGAAACGGCGGAAUCGUCUCCCAGCAAUGCGGACGACAUUGUCAUGCUGGAAAUCGACGUAAAGGAGCCUGUGAAGAGAUCACCGAUACAAGCCAGUACCGAUUACGGAUCUAAUCAGUAUAGUCUUCAGAGCGCUGACGCUGCACAACAGCUGUCACCGGAGUACUUGUCCGUCUUACAAUACGCGCAGGAGCAACCGCAGCCUGCGCCGCCGCAGCCGCAGCGCAGACCGCAGCCGGCUUACGCGAGGCAGCAACAAGCGUUGCAGCAAGCUUACUACAAUUUCCGCAAGCCGACGGUAGUGCCGCCCAGGCCCCGUCCCCAGCUUCACCCUCAAGCGCUGGCCCAAGCGGAGGUGGCCGCGGAAAUCCAAGCUCAGGUCGACGCGCAGAACCGCGCCGAGGCGAUACGCACCGCUCGCUUAGGCUCCAGCGCAUCAGCCUCGAACACGUACCAAGUGCCGGCCUACGGUCAGCCGAAACUAGGAACAUUCGAGCAAGAACUGCUGCAGCUGGUGUCCGCGAAUCAGGCGCAAGAAUUCAAGCUGCUCCCGACCCAACCGAAAGGCAGCACGUCUGCCUACUCCCAGCAGCUGGUUAGCUACCCUUCGCAGUACGCGAAGCCGACAGCGGCCCCUCAAUUGCCAGAGCAAUACCACAUCGAGACAUCCCCUCCACGGUACCACCAGCCCCAACCAGCAGUAGCCUACCAAUCAGUGGAGGAGCCUCUUCCGUACCAAGCGCAACCGGCGAAAGCGUACGGUCCGUCGCCUCAAUACGACUACGCGGCGGACGAAGCGCACCUGAAAGCCCUGGAACAGGCCCAAGCGCAGGCGCAAGCUCAAGCUCAGGCUCAGGCAUUAGCAUUCCACAAGGCGGCGCAAGCGGAAUACACGCAGCACAGGCAGAACGCCCUGGAGCACAUCAGGCAGACCAUUGAAACGGACAAGCAGCGUACCGCGCUGGAGCAGAUCCAGCAAGGCACGCAGAUCAGCGACGCCGGUCGCAAUUACCUGCAGGAGCAGCUGCAACCGAAGAGCGCCGAUGCCGCUUACAGAGCUAAGGUCAAGGCUCAGACAACCGCAGAGGUAGCGGAAGCCAGGAAACUGCAACAGGCCGAGGAGUUCAAGGCUCACGCGGACGCUAUCCGGAAGCUAGAGGCACAGCAGAGGGCUCACUUGAAGAUCCAGGAGGAGGUGCGCAACUACGCGUUGAACUUCGAGCAGAAUCAGAUGAAGGCUCAAGAGCUGGCGCAGGCACAGGCGGAGGCGCUGUACAAAGCUCAGCUUCAGGAGCGCAACGAGGUCAACAAGCAGAUCAUCGCUAUUUCAAAGGACCAGGUGGAAGGCAAGAAAGUUGACCCCAAUUCGCCCGUCUACCACUACACCCUGCAACCCAGCAGCACGCCUCUGCCCCUGUUGAACAGCUACUUCACGAACGAUGAACUGCAGAAGUACCAAGCGUCUGGAUCCUCCUAUGUACCCAGAUCCGUACCUAAACCCGACGGCCCCGUCGAAACUGUGCAGGCGCAACCCGCGAUCACGCAGCCCCGUCAGCCGCACAAGCUGAAGCUCCCUCUGUCCCCGCAAUCUGUGUACAUCUCCGAGUCAGGCUUGCUGAAGAAAUCGCCCGUCAAGUCGAUAACCAUCGAGGAAGUCGAGGACGCGAACAGCCGUCAGGUUUACCAAGCCGUCACGCCCAAGCCGCGCACGCUGUCCGAGGAGGAUCUGUCCGCUCUGAUCAACGCCGGCUACACCGUGACGCCCGUCCCGCAGACCGCGAAAUCCGAUCAGAUAUUCGCGGUCGAGAACACGUCCGCCGCCUACUACACGAAGAAACAGAAACCUCCCCCGCGACCCGAAUACGUCUCCUACGAGGAAGUGAUCCAACGGCCGCGCAAACUGCUCAGAAAAACUAGGCCGAUCCUCAAGCAGAACGACGGCGAAGUCGACGCCAGCGAGAAAGUCGCCUACCUGCUGCCGUUGGAGGCCGCUUUCGGCACGAGACAGCCGCCGCUCAAACACGAAGACCGCGCGGAAGUGUUCGGAAGACGAUGUCGCUUGUCAUUGGACUGGACGAGGAUUCGAGAGUAGUCUUGGUUCUAGGAUGUUUUGGGGGAGGAUCGAGGACACUGUACGGGAAUCUUAGUAGAAUCGAGUAACGUGUGGUUAGGUUGGGCAAGGUUUAUUAACUCUUUGCACUCGAGAGGUGACAAACAGUCGUCACUUCGUUUGAAAUUACAAAGUUUGAUGUAUGAUAUUGAAGUUCAUUUAACGUAAUCCAUGAAACGUUAGAAUAGAAUCUCUUGAUUUCUGUAUCGUUUAUGUUAAUGUCAGUUAUAAAACCUGCCAUUGAUAUUUCAUUGGAAAAUGAAGUUGAUUGUUUAGUAUUCUAAAUGAAACUUUCUAUUGCUAUGUGAAAUAUUUAAAGAAAAUAGCUUUGUCGUUUAAUUUACCUGUGAAUGAUCGUUACAUUAGUUUCAAACAAUGUCAUUUAUACAUGGUCGGAAAAUGUUGAAUAUUUUGAAAAACUCUCGAGUGCAAAGGGUUAACUCUUUCGCUGCGAGGUUUGGACGUAUCUGAAUCGAUGCUAAAUUUGAAUUUAGAAAUAUAUAUUUGUUACAAUACAAUAAAAUUUAGAAGAAAUAUGUCGUUUGCAUGACAUACAGUGUUAAUUUACAGUUAACAUUGUCAAUGUGUUAAUACAGAAUGUGUCGUAUAAAAUACUGGAAAUAUCAGCAUUCAGUUUUUUAUGGACCUGUGACACAUUUAGGAAAUCUGGUGGUCUAUUAUCGCAGUGGAAGGGUUAGGUUGAAAGUUUUGUUGCCUUGGGAGUGUUUCAACGGUAACCGUAGGUUGUGCGCAUUAAAGAAUUCACGAUUCGAAGUUGAUGACUGCUUUGUUGCUGUUAGUAGCCUGAGGUAAUUGUCCACUGAGUAGAGUGACUUUGAUGUGGCAGUCGAGUUUCGAGACUGCCAUAGUUUAUUAAUGUCCAGGUACAAGACACAGAUACCUUUUUUUUCGUAACUCUUUUUCUUCAUUCGUUUCUCCACCUUAUCUUAUAAAUGCUCUAUGGUAUUUGAGUGUGGACUUCAUGGUUGACGUGGCAAAUGUACGUGGCGGGUUACAUAAUGACCAUUCUUUGACAUCGUUUCCUAGUUGCGUUAGAUCGUUAUCCUAAUGGAAGUAAUAAUUUGCUGGUAAACGUAACUUUGAUCUUUGAAAUUUUCCUGUAGAACUCUUGAACAUUUAACUUUAUCUUCGAUCCCAUCGAUCAGCACAAUUAACCCCUUCUCCUAUAACAUCGAGUCAGACUCGCGAUGAAAAUUUUCAACUGAAUUCAGCAAAUCUGAACGUCAUUUAUUUAGUUUGUAUAUAAAUGAAAUGUUACUUGUGUAUUAUCAAGCUUUAAUCUUGAGAGUAAACACAGACAUUAACUAAACAUCGAGUUCUUCUCUUUUUCUACUGAAUUCUUAACGAUAAAGUAGAUUGAUCGAGCACAGUUGCGAAAGAAGUCAUAAGACAAGGGGUUAAUUAUUAUUUUUAAUGGCUUUUUAAAUAAUCGUUCUUGCAGGCACUAUUAUUUUAAGCUAAUUCAGUUCUAACUCGAUUUUGUAUCAUUCGAGUUCCCCGAAUACGUUCUGUAUCCAGUGCACGAAAUAUUUCCGAAAUUUAAAAGAUCGCAACGAUCCUCGUCCAUUUCAAUUAUGAAUAUAUUGACGUUCGAUUACUUUCAUGUGUAUGUGUAGGUCUCGCAUUUUGGUUUGUCAUACGUGUUUUUCGAUUACGUGUUUUAUCUAUUGCAGAGGUGUGCGAAUUUUUAAGUCGAAGAUUGUAUUUUAACGAUUCGCCUGUUCUCCGACGGAACACCAAGAAAUUGCCGAACGUUAUUUAUAAACGAUUUAUGACAAAAUUGAUAAAUCUCUGAGCCUAAUUAUUUUUUCUCGAUUCAUAAUUUCGAUGUUUGUUUCAGUUACAGAAAGGAUAAAUGAGAAAUAAUCGGAUCGCGGAUUUGACGGAUUACCGUGAAAUAAACAAUUGAAUGAACUUUCGUUCUUAUAUUAUUCAUAAUUAAAUAGGACUUUUGAUAAAGGAAAUUUUAUGUAUCAUUUCUUAAACAAUCGUAGUUUAGAAAUGUUAUUUUCUCUAACUUCCCUCGUAGUUCGAAUUUAAUAAUUUGCAAUAUCUCUGUAGUUUCAACCAUCCGUUGUUCUUAGAAUAUUAACCUGUUUACUGGUGAUAAGGAAUUCACGUUCCUUGUAUUCUUGAUCAUGAAUUUCGAUGAAUUUUAUUAUUCCAAAUUUAUCCAUGUAAAGAUUCUUCCAUAUCGUUUCAUCCUACCCUUUAUAAAAUACACUGAAAAUAUGAUUCAUUUCGUUUCAUUUUACCCCUUCUAAAAUAUACAAAUACGCCUGAACUCCCAAUAAAAUUUAUUCAUAAUUCAAUCGAGCACAUACAUUCACACCUUAUAUUCGUAAAAUACAUUUGCAUCUACCUGUGUAGCGGUGAAGAAUAAAAAUAGCAUUAAUUAAAGGGUUCAAUUGCAUCCACGGUAUAAAUUAAAACAUUAAAACCAUUAUAAAUUGUAUUGUACUGUUUAUUGCAAGAAAUUCUUUUUUAUUCUUCCAUUCGAUUAACACUAAACGAUCGUUCUCAAAAUUCGAUUUCAAAUUCUGUGUCUCCUUUCGUUCGUCUAACUUUAUAUCAAUUUCUAUAUCACCGAUUAAUCAGAUUUUCAAUGUUCGUAGUUUCUUUACGUCUUUUUUCACUAAGAAAAAUUGAUCGCUUGAUUUGAUUACUUUCAUUUUAUACUCAGUCAUUUCAAUGAUACGUUUAGUGUUAACGACGAAGAGUUCACAAACGCAGUCACUCGUCGGACAGGUUAAUUUCGCGAUAUGUUUUGUACUUGAAACGAACACAAAAAGAUUUCGCGUCUCGUUUCGCAGGUUAUGUAAUCACCGAUGAUUAUAUUGUCAGUUGCCAAUUAAUAUAUCAUUAUUCCGUUUCCAUCGAUUUAAUGAAUUCGAUAUAUCUCCCGCGCAUUCGGACGGGAAUGAAACGUAUUCGUUAAUAAAGUGUUUGCAUGUUCCGUUGUGCAGUAUAACAACUAUUAAUUUUAGCGUAGCAAUGAUUUUACUCUUCCUAGUUUCAAUGCGGACGAGUCCUUCCGUAUCCUUCAACCUAUAUUUCUCGUUGAACGUUCAAUGUUGCGUACUCCUUCGAGCUACGAUUGAGUCAAGCAUAUUGAUUGACAUGGAAAAAUACGUGAAAAAUUCCGCACGAAAGUUUCGAACCGGUUGUUUCGUGCUCGUAAAGCCAGCAGGAAGACGACUCGAAGCAUGGAAACGACGACGAACUUCGUCGCUUUUAAUAAUUCCUUGGUUAUUGCACGGUGUCAAUCAAGAUGAGUGAUCGAAUUGAGGCGCCGCUCCACGGAGCGUGAAUGUAGAUCGUGGAACUACCAAUUUUCUAGCGUGAAUAAGUACACCAGUACACACUUUACGCAAUAUUAUUUGUAGAUGGUAUGUGCGACGGUGCUAAGUCGAGUAAUUAUUAAUUUAUACCUACUAUUUGUAUAUACUAGAUUUUUACUUAAUAAAACAGUUCAAAAGUCC